AUGGGGCCACCUGGCUCCAUUUCUUCCGAGACAUGGUGGGAGUACAAGCUCCCAAGGCACCCGAAAACGCACCGAGCCACAGCAGUCAUUUUCGCGACUGCAGUCUCCAGCGCUGCUGCAGCCCAAUGGGCCAACAUCUGCUCGAGUCAACGCAACCAAAUCAGAGGCUGUGACACCAAGGGCUGCGGCGGAUACAACCAGCCCAGGGGCGCGAGGCGGCACGGAGGGGUGGACGUGGUGUGUGAGGACGGCUCCACCGUCCAUGCGCUGUUCACGGGGAGGAUCGACGGGCGAACCCGGCCCUACGGCAAUGCCAUCGAUGACGGCGUGCAGCUCUCCAGGGAAGGUUUCUACAUCAAGAUGUUCUACAUCAAACCAGUCAAGUCAAGCGGCCCCAUCAGGACGGGUGAGAAAAUCAGCAUCCUGCUGCCCAUGCAAAGCGCGUACCGAGGCAUCACCUCCCACGUCCACGUCCAGAACUGUGACUUCACCGACCCCACACCCUACUUUAACAGGCCCCAAGGCUUCAGAAGCGAAGGUUUGGCCCGUCACAAGGUACCCACUAACUCACCUGCGCAUCAAUAGUCCCUUAAAUAAAGCAGAAACCACUGAACCUGGAACGGGGGCUCUGCAAAGAAAAACAAGACACUCCAACAAAAUGCGUCAUGCAGGGGGUGCUUUGAGUGAGGAAGAAUAAAUGCAUUAAAGGUGUUGAUGCACCCUGCACAUUGUCACAUCAGCAGCCAAGUGAGUGUUGGAGCUAUUGGGAAGGGAAGAGCAUCUGUCCGAGAGAAGGAGGCCCUCCUGAUGUUCACCAGCAACUUGGGCUUGGGCUGUAACACACCAAGCUAGCACGUCCCUGCUCGCUUUGCAGCUGUUUCUUUAAUAAGCCCAAAUCUUCAUUUCACUUACGUGUGGAAAAUUACC